CCUCCGUUCGGUGCAGUGUACCGCCGCGCUCCCUCACCCACCAAGUCGCUCCCUCGCUGAUCCGGGACCCGGUGUUCCUUGUCACCUGCGAUCUCCUCGCUCCCCUCACUGCCUGGCCCACACCUUUCAGAUCUGGAUUUACAAUGAUCACCAUGUACGAAAUAUACCCACAUUAAUGAUAAUGACUCGAGAAUAGAUAUUUCAACUGAUGAGAAAACACAAGAAAGGAAAGCAGUGUAUAUUUAAAGAGUAAAUUUGUUUCCCAUUUUUAGUGACACGUUCAUUGAACUGAAAAUCCGUGAAUUUGGAGACAGGCGGAAUUGUGAGGCGGCGAAGAAGCACAGGAACAACGAGUUCAGCAGAGGCGGCAGUGGUGACUGAAAAAUCGAGACAAAACAGUGCGUUGACUACUAGAGAGAGUAAGGUGGUGUAAGUGUACCAGCGUGAGGCGUCCACACUUACACCUCUCGCUGGUCUCUGUGUACUGGACUCAGAUAUUAGAAAUGGAAAGUCAGUGUUGUUCAUAUAGUAGAGUUGUCAUUAGUGUCCGUAAACAAUGAAAGAUAUAAAGUAAAAAACAGUAACUGCGGCCAUGGAGGACGACGUGGACGGUAAGCUCAUCUUGAAGGAGGAGGUCAAGUGGGAGGUACGAGAGGCCCAGAGGCCAGAGCCAGUUGACGUCUGCCCGCGACUGAAGGUGGCCAGGAAAAGUCUUACUCGAUGUAAAGGAGUAGAAGAGACAUUUGACGGAGAGUAUGACCCCUGCCUCUCUGAUGAACAGAAGACAGAGUAUGAGAAUGAGAGCUACGAGCCAACACCUCGACCACAAAGUCUUCAUGACGUCAGCGCGUCGCCUGAGACGCGACUUGCUCAGUCCGAUGAGGCAGUCAGCCCCGGCGCUUCAUGUCCGUCUCCAGGGAUGAGUGAAGAAGAAGCUAUGACUUUACAGUCUCCUGCUACCCCACACACAGAUAAGGGCAGCGUCUGUCGCAGCAGCUGCAGUGAUGGCUCUGAGGAGGAGGGCGUUGAGGGUUACGACGAUAUCUCAGCCUCCAUGAGCGUCAUCCGCAUGGAGAAGUUUGCUCUUGAGAAGCGUCGCGUGUCCCGCAUCCUCCCCAAGUGCCUACAUCGCACCUUUGUGGACAAAGAUGUGGAACAGCUUUUCCAGGCUUACCACGAGCGGCAACGUCGCGCCGACCUCCACAUUCUUCUGGCUGGUGGCACCACCUUCGCUAUCUACGGUGUGUCACUGUGUCUGGCCAACAUCGAAGAGCCCUACCUACCUGCUUCCCUGACACUGGCAUCUAUCGGGGCCAUCCAUUUCGUGCUUCUCUUACUAUGUCGCCUCCACGUCUUCCCGGAACGUUCUUGGAUUGUACUGCCCUACGUGGUAUGGGCGUUAUUUUUAGCUGGGGUGGGAGUGUUUGUGGCGCUGGGACCUCCAACGCCUAUCCCACGCGAAGCUCUCCUGUGGCUUAUACUGCUACACUUCCUGGUGUUUGUAGGGCUGCCUCUCCGCCUGCCAGCCUGCCUCCUGCUGACCACCCUCACGGCCGCAGCUCACCUCAUCACAUCAGCGCUCCUCAUGCCAGACACUCAGCGGGGUUCCAUCCAGGAUCUUCUCAUGAGUAACUGUAUGGAUCCUCUCAUGAGUAACUGUAUGGAUCCUCUCAUGAGUAACUGUAUGGAUUCUCUCAUGAAUAACUGUAUGGAUCCUCUCAUGAGUAACUGUAUGGAUCCUCUCAUGAGUAACUGUAUGGAUCCUCUCAUGAGUAACUGUAUGGAUCCUCUCAUGAGUAACUGUAUGGAUCUUCUCAUGAGUAACUGUAUGGAUCCUCUCAUGGUAACUGUAUGGAUCCUCUCAUGA